AUGCCAGGUCAUUCAUCUGAAGGAUACGCGCUCCUCCGCGCACAUAGCGACGACGAUACUCCUGGUAGUAGUUACAGUCCCAAUACUGCAUUCUCUGAGGAUGUCUACUCUAUGGGCAUGCCGCUCACCCCACUCACACCGCUUACCCCGAGACGCUGGAAGAGACCCUCUGGCAUUUCUCCGAUCUCGUCGUGGACCUACUUCUCUUUCUGGCUCACCGUCUUCUGUACCCUCGCCUCCCUCCUACCCCCUUCCUUCUCCCUCUUCCCAACUUACGAGAAACCACACCUACCAUCCUACAUCCACUCGGAACCAACAUCCCGCGCUCAUCGACUCGCGCUCACCGCGUCUCUCUACCGUCCGAACAUAUAUAUCGGCCUUGAGCGGCUCAAUUCGACCAUUCAGCGAGCAGUUCUUCCCGAGAAGUUAGAUGUUUUCCCGCAUGUGUUCCAGCCUGUGAGCAAGAACCCCGAAGAAAUAGGAAAGGUGUGGAGUACCGACGGGAGAGCAAGGGUCACUUUCAAUGGGCUCGUAUCGCCAGAAGAGUCGAAGGUCAUAAUCAACAAAGAGGUCUCCAUGAUCGCACAAAUUCGUGUAGCCGACUAUAACCUCGACAAUUGCACACUCGCGCUUACUCUCCCUCCCGACCCUUCUUCUAACGCCACCCUUGCCUCACGAAACCGGACAUUGAACAUAUUACCUUCCUCGGGACACAUCGCACUGGACAUAUGGGCUCUUGAGACCUCAGCUACCGAGCUUGAUCUGACGACACUUUCUGGAUGGACGAGGCCGCGGAGGAUAGAGAAGCUAGGGACAAUUGUAGGCGAAUUUGGGGAGGAGAAAAGAUUGGUUCGCUCCGAUGGGAGUGAGACAUUCGGUUGUGGCGGAACGGGUACAUUGAGCACUUUUGAGGUAGCCUGUGCUGAAGAAGGCGAUGAUGAAUGUGCACUUGAGUUUUGGCAGGAACAGCCGGAGACGGUGCCGAGGAUGGCCAUCACCAUUGUCCAGCUCCCUUCAAUCUAAACAGUCGCGAAAUAUUUGUGCAUCCUGCGUUUCCUGUUCUCUAUGUAUGUUGUACAUCAUGUAUCAUACAAUGACGAUACCCGUGCUCUCGCCCCUCUAUACCUACCAAGGCGAACUAGUAUUCCACCUCGCCUUCCACUCCACAUAAUUCAUCCCCGUCCUCUCAUAAAGCAAACUCCAAUCCGCACACGUCCUCUCCACACCCUCUCCGCUCUUCAUCGCCAAAUCCAAGCCUUCGAAUCCGUCUUCCCCACCCAAACCAUCUGCCCCCAGUCCUCCCGACCUCAACUGCUCCAUAUCGACAUCAAGCGGUUCGAGCGUCAAAUCCCCCCUGCACAAGAACACCUGCCUCAGAUAAUUCAUACAAUGCUGCUGAUCUCCCCACCCCUCCUCGUCCUUUUCCACCUCAUCCUCACCGGAGUCCAGCCAACUCCUCAUCUUGUCCAAACACUGCAACUGGUGAAACAUCGCCACAGAUAAUAAUCGCGAUUGCGGACCGAGGCGGACGAACCCGUAGCCUGGAGGAUAGAUGGAUUCCCAUAGUUCGGAAGCGUCGGGACCGGAGAUGGGGUAAGGAGAUGUGGACGGGUGGAAGGUUGUGGCUGGAUGUGAAGAGCUGGGCGAGGAAGCAGGGUAGAGAGGGGAUAGCAAGGGCAGGUGUUCGGGAUAGUCGUCGCCGACGUACGCUAUGAGAUAGAGAUAUAGCGUCAAGAGAUACGUGAUGAAGCGAUUCAAAAGAAAGCGCACAGUAUAUACUCGUGAGGUCCAUGUCC